AUGGCCCAGGAUCAAAAAGAUUUCCAGAUCGCCAUCAUUGGCGGCGGUAUUGCAGGCAUUGUCCUCGCAAUUUCACUUCUCAAAAGGAACAUCCCCUGUAAAAUAUACGAGAGAGCGCACGCCUUUAGCGACAUCGGUGCCGGCCUGGGAAUAAGUCCCAAUGCGCAAGACGCCAUGGCAGCUUGCGAUCCAAGCGUCCAUGAAGCAUUUAAAAAAGUCGCCAAUGGUAACACCUGGGAGUCCAAGAAAAGCUUCUUGUUUGAGUUCUUUGACGGCAUGGACGGGGCCACUACUCAAACCCCUUUGUUCCAUGUUGAGAAUCGUACUGGACUCCAGGGUUGCCAUCGGGGCGCCUUUGUGAACGAACUUCUCAAGCUCCUGCCUAGCGAUGUGGUUCAUUUCAACAAACAACUUCAAGGAGUGGAGGAGCAUGACAGUGGUGGAAUUCGCCUUGUCUUCCAAGAUGGGUCGAUUGAAGAAGCUGACGCUGUUGUUGGCUGUGACGGCAUCAAAUCCAAAGUUCGUGAAGUUUUAGUUGGGGCAGAUCAUCCGUCCUUGAAGUGUUCAUAUACGCACAAAUACGCUUACAGAGGAAUGAUUGCCAUGCCACAAGCAUUUGAGGUGUUGGGGGAGGAGAGAGCUCUCAAUGCUACCAUGUGGUUGGGAAAGGACAAGCAUCUAUUGAGCUACCCGGUCGCCCAUGGGACGAUCUUGAAUGUAGUGGCAUAUUGUUCAAGCUCUGAAGAGUGGCCAAGUGAGAGCCAGCUGGUUCUUCCGGCCACCAAAGAAGAUCUUCUCCAUGAUUUCGAAGGCUUCCGGCCAUCUGUACUGAAGAUUCUCGAUAAUACUGAGAGGCUUGACCGCUGGGCCAUUUUCGAUCUAGGCGAGAAUCCAGUUCCGACCUUUGCAACAGGUCGAGUAUGUAUCAUCGGAGACGCAGCACAUGCUUCAUCUCCACAUCAUGGAGCGGGAGCAGGCUUAUGUAUUGAAGACGCUGCUGUGUUAGCGUCCAUAUUGGCGCAUGACACGAUCCAAGGAGGUGCAAAUAUCGAGGCUGCGUUCUCUGCAUUUGAUAGAAGUCGACGGGAAAGAGCCCAAUGGGUCGUUCAAAAGUCUAGACGAGCGGGUCAACUAUUCGAACGUCAAACUGAGAUUGGUAGUGAUUUUGAUAAGAUAUUUAAAGAGCUGGAGGAGACGCUACCCACGAUCUGGGAUUACGAUAUCGAAGAAGCGAUAAAGAUUGCCUCGAUCGAGUUGGAUAAAGCUUGA